AUGGCUGAAUCGCAGGAAAUCGAAUUGAAGAUUCAUUUUGGUGGUUCAAUGAAGAAGAUUGGAAAGGAAGAUUAUGAGUACUUAGGUGAAUUAGGGAGCAAAAAUGUGGAAUGGAAGAUCGAUGAGAUAGUGUGGGAUAGGUUUGUCAAUUUUUGCAAAGAAAAAGCGCUAAUUAGAGCACCAGUUGGCUUGAUUUGGUUUAAAUCAGAAAAAGAGGAGAUGAAGCAACUGCAGUAUGUAUAUGAUAGGUACGAUGAGGAGAUGUUGAUGCUACGAUCUGUGAGCAAGCUAGGGAUAGAUGUUGUAGAAGUGUUUGUUGAACACGAGUGCUCAGAACACAUACCCGGUGUGAUUCAGCUUCCAGAUAGAGAACACAUUGAAGACGAAGAAUACAGUGAGAAUGAUGAGGUCGAUAGACCUAAAGAAGAUGAUGAGCCAGAAGGAUCAGAAGAUGAGAAUCCGGCUGAAAAGGAAGAUAACCCGACUGUGAAUCCGGCUGAAAAGGAAGACAAUGAAGAUGGUGGUGAUGAAGUUGUCGCUGAUGUAACAGAUGGUACUAGUGAUGUAAGGUUUCAGUCUGUCUUUGAGAAAGGAGAAAAAGCUGUACCAGAUAAAGAAGCAUAUGGAAAUGGUAUAGAGGAAGAAGACAAAGACGAUGACAGUGAAGAUGAGAGGGCGCCAGUAGAUGUUGAAUAUCAAGACACACCAGUAGAGUCAGAAGAUGAAUGGGAAGAAUGGAAUCGAGAGCGUAAAGGAAAAGGGAAGGUCAAUGGGAGUGAUAAAUACCAUGGUGACUAUGAAAAACCACCUUACAUUUGGUUAUUUCAAAAGUUUAACAGUGGGUUAGAGUUUAAAGACCAGAUCUUGAAGUAUUCUAUGAAUACUCAAUAUGAUGUGAAGAUGGCAAGGUCGGAGUCAUUCAGGAUUGGUGUGAUUUGUUGCAAAGCGAAAUGUCUUUUCCGAGUUUAUUGUUCAGUGGAGAAACCGAUUAACAAGUGGAUGGUGAAAGUGUGUCACAUGAAGCACAACCAUGGUAAAUCAAGCAGGAUCUCAAUGUUGAAGCAAGUUGUGAUUGCUGGCCUUUUUAGAGAAGAAUUACGCAGAAAUGUCAAUCUACAAGCUUCAGCGAUCAAAGAUACAAUAAAGGUAAGAUAUGACAUUGUUGUACCUAUAUCUAAGUGCUACAGAGGAAGACACAUUGCAUUGGGGACAAUUCUUGAAGCUCAAACAACACAGUUUGGGAAGCUAUGGGAUUAUGAAGAAGAGUUGCGUAGAUCAAACCAGGGUAUAAGCACUGAUUUAUGCACAAGAGAGUGGGAUUUCAACGGAGAUUUUCUUGCAGCAGUUGGGAGAGAUGCCGAUAACAGGAUGUACCCUAUUGCUUGGGCAGUUGUGAGAGGAGAAAACAAAGAUACUUGGGGAUGGUUUGUGAGAAAGCUGAAGCAUGAUCUCGGCUUGGAAUUUGGGAAGGAUCUUACUGUAAUCUCGGAUAAACAAAAAGGACUUGUCCACGCUAUCGAGUUAGAACUUCCUGAGGCAGAACAUCGCAUGUGUGCUAGGCACAUUUAUGCUAAUUGGAAGAAGCUUGGUUUCUCAAGGUCAGAGUUUAAGUCAUUGUUUUGGGGAGUUGCAUACAGCUAUACCGAGGGAGAGUACAAAGAGAAGAUGCGUUUGGUAGAGGCUUACGAUGUCGUGGCACACAAUGAAUUACUCAAAACAGACCCAGAGCGCUGGUGUAGAGCAUUCUUCAAUGUGGAGUUUCAUUGUCCUGAUGUGCACAACAAUUUAUCAGAAAGUUUCAACAGAACCAUAAAGAUGGCAAGGGCAAAACCAGUGAUCAACAUGUUGGAGGACAUAAGCAGAAAAGCAAUGAAAAGGAUAUCAAGGCGGUUCGUUAUGGCAGAUAAGUGGGACACCAUUGUAACACCUAUUACAAUGGCUUUGUUGGAGAAAGCGAGAUGUGAAAAAAAACAUUGUUCAACAAUACGCAGCGGUUUCUGCUUGUACGAGGUGAAUGAGUUCGACUGUGGUUACAGGGUGGACUUGGCUACACACCAGUGUGCUUGCAGGCGAUGGGAUCUCAUAGGUAUUCCUUGUAAACAUGUUGUGUGUGUGCUUGAUGACAACCAGGAGGAUCCUGUGAAGUAUACUGCAGAAUAUUACUACACACAUGUGAUGAAAAGAACUUACUCCGACAACAUCAAACCUGUCAAUGGCAAAAACUUGUGGAAGAUGAUAGGCAAGCCACCUAUUGGGAUACCAGAGAUAAGGAAACCAAAAGGGAUACCAAGAACACGAGAGAGGAAGAAAGAGCCAUUUGAAGCGCUUGAAACUGCUGGAAAAUCGUCAAGACAUGGACGCAUACCCACAUGUAGCAGUUGUCAUCAGUCUGGACACAUUAAAACUGGAUGCAAAAACCAAACUGUGGUUUAUGAGGGACCAAAAAAUAAGCGUGGUCGACCUCGUAAAAAACUAGAAGAGCCUCCAUCUACAAGAAGAAGAAAAACUCAAAAUACUGGGUCUUCUUCUCAGCCUGUUCACGCCACUGAAUCAUCAUCUCAGUCUGUUCACGCCACUGGAUCAUCAUCUCAACCUGUAGAAGCCACUGGAUCCUCUAACCCCAAGCCUCAUGCUAAGAAACCUUCACGAGGACCUUUGAAGGUAAGGAAGACAGCCAACAUUCCUCAUGGUGUUGGGACUUUAUGGAGUCCAUUCACAAAUCCUCCUUUUGAAGUGUUUGGAGAUCGAGUGUAUGAUAGGUCUUAUCUUAAUCCACAGCCUCCACAAGAGUGA